GUAACCGAGGUGACAUCCUAGCCGCUACCCUUCUGCCACGUGUCAUUCGUGGACCCCCACAGGAGGCUGCCUACAACGUCGCGCCCCGCCACUCCCCCGCGAACAUGGAAGAGGGCAGUGACACUUGACUGUGCAGCAAGUGCUCUUCGCAGCAUCUCUACAUGGCAUCUCUGACUGCUUCCCGGUUUGUGUCGAGGAGCUCUAACUUCGGCUCUUCAGGAGCCUCUAGCUUCGAGACCAAAACAUUAUCCGCCCAGAAUGGCCUCAGAAGCCAAACUGCAACCCACAGUGGACUGAGAGCCCUGAACCAUGUGGACGUGCUGCAGCUGCGAACCAAAGCUCGGGUUGCCGCUAGAGAAUCGAGAAGAAAAGGGUCGAAACCAGAAAGUCUUGCGACAUUCCCGGUCAUUAAAUGUGGGAGUGGAAUGAACUUGGUUUUUGCCGGAGCAGAAGUUGGUCCAUGGAGCAAGACUGGUGGACUAGGAGACGUCCUUGGAGGACUUCCCUCAGCCAUGGCCGCCAUUGGACACCGAGUCAUGACCAUUGCUCCGCGGUAUGAUCAGUACAAGGAUUCUUGGGACACAGAAGUGAUUGCGCAGGUCAAAGUUGGGGAUAGAAUCGAAACUGUACGCUUCUUCCACUGCUACAAGCGAGGCGUUGAUCGGGUCUUCAUAGAUCACCCGAUGUUCCUCGAGAAGGUGUGGGGAAAGACUGGAUCUAAGAUCUAUGGUGCUCGGGCUGGGGAGGAUUACACUGACAACCAGCUUCGGUUUAGCAUGCUAUGCCAGGCGGCUCUGGAAGCUCCACGAAUCUUGAAUCUCCAUAACAAAUUCUUCUCUGGACCAUAUGGGGAGGAUGUUGUUUUCAUUGCAAACGACUGGCACACCGCUCUUCUCCCCUGCUACCUGAAAUCCAUGUACAAACCAAGAGGGAUGUACAAGAGUGCAAAGGUAGCUUUCUGCAUCCACAACAUCGCCUACCAAGGCAGAUUUGCGUAUGCAGACUUUUCGCUCCUCAACCUCCCAGACUCAUUCAGGGGAUCUUUUGACUUCAUGGACGGUUACACCAAGCCCGUGAAAGGAAGGAAGAUCAACUGGAUGAAGGGGGGUAUACUAGAGUCAGACAGGGUUGUGACAGUCAGCCCAUAUUAUGCCGAGGAGCUUGUUUCAGGUGUAGAGAAAGGUGUUGAACUCGACAACAUCCUCCGAAUUACUGGUAUUACUGGUAUUGUAAACGGCAUGGACGUUCAGGAGUGGAACCCUUCUUCUGACAAAUACAUCGAUGUCAAAUACAACAUUGAAACUGUCACAGAAGCAAAACCGCUUCUGAAGGAAGCACUGCAAGCAUAUGUUGGAUUGCCAGUUGAUAGAAACAUCCCGGUUAUCGGCUUCAUAGGCAGGCUCGAAGAGCAGAAGGGUUCUGAUAUUCUUGCAGAAGCCAUCCCUCAGUUCAUCGAGGAAGAUGUUCAGAUAAUCGUCCUCGGCACGGGCAAGAAACAUAUGGAAAAACAGCUUGAAGAGCUAGAGUCCUUGUAUCCCGAUAAGGCCCGAGGAAUCGCAAAAUUCAACGUUCCGCUUGCUCACAUGAUCACCGCAGGGGCAGACUUCAUGUUGGUCCCAAGUCGGUUCGAGCCUUGCGGUCUCAUCCAAUUGCAUGCUAUGCGAUACGGAACGGUACCCAUUGUUGCAUCUACUGGCGGUCUCGUCAAUACUGUGAUAGAAGGAUUCACCGGAUUCCAGAUUGGCGCCUUCAAUGUCGAGUGCGAUACUGUCGAUCCGGUCGAUGUCGUAGCACUGGCGAGAACCGUCAGGAGGGCAUUACUGACUUACGGAACCCGUGCUUUAGCAGAGAUGAUACGCAACUGUAUGGCCCAAGAUCUCUCUUGGAAGGGACCUGCUAAGAAGUGGGAGAAAUUGCUGUUAAGCCUCGGAGUCGAUGGGAGUGAAGAGGGAGUUGAGGGAGAGGAGAUUGCUCCUCUCGCGAAAGAGAAUGUCGCGACCCCCUAGUCGGCUGGCCAUCCCAUGCAAUCCCGGUUAAUCGUGAUAUUCCUGUAUAUGAACUGCAGCCAUAUAUAGGUGCAACCUAACUCGACAAAACAAGCUUCAGAGCUCCAACAAUGAGCUCCCUCAAAUCUUGGCAUAGGAAGAGAUGCCAUAACCUAAUCCAAGUUUGGUAUACAGAAUACAGGGAUCGCGUCCCUGUUCCCUCAUUUGAUAGGGCAAAUUGGAUAGGCCAAACUCAAACCACAUAUCAUCCGCAAUUGUAUACCCUUCCUACUGUAAUAACUACAAGGACAUAAUGCAGGGCUGCUAAAAGGUCAAAGGAAGACCCGCUCUCUUCUAUUUCAUGAAUCCAUAGUUAUGCCAA